UAUAGUGUAUGUGUUAGAAACAUGAUCCAGAGAAGUUAUUUAAUGGUAGAAUAUCUCUUAGAACGUUUCUGUGGGAAAGUAAUUAACAGUGGAAGCGUAUCAGAAGGGUCCCUUUUAGAUGGAAGUGACACUGAUGUUAUGGAAGUAGUGGAAGGAUUAACUGUUAAUGAGGACAAUGAACACAAUGGUAGUUUUGUAUAUCCAACACCUAUUUAUAUUUCAAGAAAUGGAUGCAGGUUUGGAUAUUGUAGAUUGAAAGUCAAUAAUAAUGACUUUUAUGUGUUUAAAGAGCCCACUUGGACAGUUCCAGAUCUAUCCAUGAAUAAAGUAGAUAUUUCUGAACUAAUUAAGAGGAAUAAUAAUGCGUGUUAUAUCUUGAGUAAACUUUUUCAUGAGAAUAUACUCCCAACUGGAUAUAAUUUUGGAAAACAAAAAGAAUCAACAUUUGCAAGUAAUGGACCAGCGACGACUUAUGCUAAUGUAGACACAGUCAAAUGUUUAAAAAUAAACCAAUGGCCUACCGAAGCAAUUACAUGGAGAACACGUAAGAGAACGAACAACUGGCCGAGCAAAGUGACCUUAGAUUCAUUAGACAGAGACGUCUCUUGCUAUGUUGUUCCUGUUGGUAGUAAAUCUUCUAGAGACCAAGACAUGGAAUGGAGGAUUUCAUUCUCUGAAAUUGAAAGACAUCUGAUAUGGAGCAUGAAUGAUACACAGUUUAAAUGUUUUGUUCUACUAAAGGCACUGAAUAACCAGUACUUGAAAGACAUUAUAUCGUCUUAUCAUAUUAAAAAUGUUGCACUUUGGCUUUGCGAAGAAUGUCCUGAAACUGAUUGGAGAAGUGAGUUAUUGGUAGAUUGUGUGAGAAACGGUCUUCAUAAGUUAGCCGAAUACGUUGAACAAGGUUUUCUGCCUCAUUAUAUCAUACCAGAAAAUAAUCUUUUCUUCGAUAAAAGUCAUACUGAAAUAGAGGAAGCGACAAAGUUAAUAAAUGCUGUUCUCGAAAACCUAGACAUUAAAGUAAACUCAUUGACAAAUUUGCUUUACCAAGAUGUAGAAAGUCAGAUUGCUUCAUUGUACAGCGAUAACAUAAUAAGACUUCAAAAAUACAAUUCCCUUGAACAAUCUCAUUCUCUUAUAGAAUAUUCAAAAGAUGUUGUAUUCCAUUGGCGUUUAAUUUUAAUCUUAAUUUCGAUUGUGAAUCAGUUUGUAAAGACAUAG